AUGGCUUCCAUUCGCGUGCUGUCGUUCGAUGCUGAGGGCCCGCCUGUGCGUUUCACCGCUUGGCUAGAUGACCUGCAGCUGUUUCUCCUGAGCGAUAGCAAGGAGCAUGUGUCGCUCUAUGACUACGCGUCUGGUGCUGCGCCUGCCCCUCCUGCCACAGCUGAGCUUAGUGUUCGUUCCCACUGGCAGACCCGUGACGCAGCUGCUCGCCUAGCCAUUCGCAGUCACCUGCCGUUAGCUGAGCUAGAGCAUUUUGGCGACUGCAAAUCCGCUAAGGCCCUCUACGACGCUGUCGUCGCUCGCUACUCCUCGCCUGCCACAGCCGAGCUUAGCCGCCUCAUGCUGCCGUACCUGUUCCCCGAUCUGUCCACCUUUACUACAGUCGCCGAUCUUAUCACCCACCUUCGCACUAGUGAUGCUCGCCUGCGUGCCGCCCUUCCCACCGAGUUCUGCGCUAAGAACCCCCCUCCACUGUACUGGACACUCCACUUCAUAGUCACCCGUCUCCCUGACACCCUACGCUCAGUUCGAGACCACUUCCUUGCUCGCUGUCCCACUGAGCUCACAGUCGCCCUCCUAGAGGAGCACCUGCUCGCGGCCGAAAAGAGCAUUGUAGCUGUCGGUGCUGCUCGUGGCGCUCCUCGCACCCCCAUCUUUGAGGGGCGCCGCACCGGCAAGGGCAAGGGGGGCAAAAGUGGUGGUGGUGGCGCUGGUGGGGGAGGAGGUGGGGGAGGUGGGGGGGGAGGCGGUGCUGGAGGGAGCGGUGGCGGGAGCGCUGGUGGGAGUGGGGUCGGUGGUGGAGACGGGGGCGGCGGAGGGAGCAGUGGCAGUAGUGGCGGCGGCGGCGGUGGCGGCGGCGGUGGCGGUGGUGGCGGUGGUGGCGGUGGCGGUCGGAGCGGUGGUAGUGGUGGCGGCGGAGGUCGGAGUGGAGGCACUGGCUCUGGCCAGAGCUCCCAGCAGCAGCAGCGUCCCCAGACGACCCAGCAGCUUCGUGAGUGGCUUGCUCAGCGUGGGACGUCGGGGGCCAGUGCCCGCUGUUCUUAUGUCAUUCGCACAGGUGACCGCAAGGGACAGACGUGUGGGAGGUUCCACACCCCGUACCGCUGCUUCUCCCGCCUUGACGACGCUUGGCGUGAGGAGAUGGGUGCGGAUGUUGAGCGCCCCCGCUGGGCUGAGCUCAUGAGGGCUGGUGUUGAUGUCUUUGCUCUUGACUAUGAUGCUAUUAUUGCUGCCAUGUAUGCAUUGACUGUUAGUGCCGAGGGAGACUGUUACUUGUGUGUGCCGCCUGACCCAGGUAUAGAGCCCGCUGCCCUGGGUACUAGUGAGUCUGCUCUCUCUGGUAUGGUGCCCCCUGUACUUGCUCCCUCCAGUGCUGUCCCGGCUGGUUUCGAGUCUGCUCUCUCAGGUACAGCACCCACAGAGACUGCUCUCUCAGGUACCGCACCGGCUGAGGCCUGUCACACCUUCACCCUUGACUCAGUCCUUGCCCAGUCUACCACUGUCCUCCCUUGUCCGGCGGUUCCGUCUGGCUCGUUGUCGGGUUUCCACCUCCCCUCGUUCUCGACGAACCUGGUGAGCAACGCUGUCCUCCAGGAUCAGUGGGUUGACACCUUUACCCCUGGCGGACAGCGUGUGGCGAUCUGCACGUGCUCCAGGACCGGCCGUCACCUGGCCACGUUCACCCGUCGGCCGGGGUCGAGUCUCUACACACUGACCACUGCGUCUCCCCAGGUAGCUGCUGUCGGUCAGGUGUCUGAGUCAGGUCUGGUGGCCCACGCCUCCCGCGUUCGUGGUCAGGGCGGUGAGCGGUACUUUCUGCUGGUUGUCGACGACUACUCGCGUUACACCACGGUCUUCCCCUUGCGCACCAAGGGUGAGGUCCCUGCUGUUCUGAUCCCUUGGAUCCGCUCGGUUCGUCUCCAGCUCCGCCGCCGUUUCCGGACGGAUCUUCCUGUCCUGCGUCUGCACUCUGACAGAGGUGGUGAGUUUUCCUCCGAUCUCCUGAGGACCUUCUGUCAGGCAGAGGGCAUCGAGCAGACCUUCACGCUUCCGGACUCCCCACAGCAGAAUGGGGUUGCUGAGCGCCGCAUUGGCCUGGUCAUGGAGAUCGCUCGUACCUCCUUGGUCCACGCGGCGGCUCCCCAUUUUCUGUGGCCGUUUGCUGUCCGGUACGCCGCGCAUCAGCUCAACCUCUGGCCCCGUGUCUCCUUGCCGGAGACCUCGCCCACACUGCGUUGGACGGGGGAGGUUGGCGAUGCGUCGCGCUUCCGGGUGUGGGGUGCUCGUGCCCUUGUCCGCGAUACGUCCGCGGACAAGCUCUCCUCCCGCACGCUUCCCUGUGUCUUCCUUGGCUUUGUCCCUGACGCGCCUGGCUGGCAGUUUUACCACCCCACCUCGCGCCGGGUCUUCGCCUCUCAGGAUGUCACCUUUGACGAGUCGACCCCCUCCCCCCUCAGGGUCCUGCUCCUUCAGGUGUCUCUCAGGUAG